GUUUACAAUUACAAACAAAAAAUAAUGGUUGUAGAGAACGAAAACAUGCUAGCUUCAUCGUCUGGAGAGCUACUCUUUACUGCUUUAGAUGAGGGCAACUUAACUGAAGCAAACGCUAUACUUGAUAAAAAGCCUGAAAGUGUAGCAGCUAGGGACAAUGAAUUACGAGUACCUUUGCAUUAUGCUGCAGAUUGUGCAGAUAUUGCCACCUUCCAACGAAUUUUUACAUUGGAGCGUUCCUUAAUGGAUGCACAAGACCAAUUUGGAUUCACUCCCCUACUUGUAGCAGCUAUGGCAGGAAAUGUUUCUGUACUUGAAUUUCUAAUAGAACAAUUAGAUAGGGAUGGACAUUCUGGAGUACACUGGGCAGUUGUUUGUGGACAAUUGGACGUUCUAAUAGCAUUGCUUCGCCAUGGUUCUCCACUAGCUCUAGCAGACAUUCACGGAGCUCAUCCACUGCAUUAUGCCACAGUAGGAUUCACCGAAACUGAGAGUCAACGGGAAGUGCCCGUAGAACGUUCAGAAGCCAUUUUGCACGUUCUUUUGAGGCAUGGUGCCCAGUUAGAAUGUACUGACCUGGAUGGGCGAACACCUUUAAUUUGGGCUGCUAGUGGGGGGAAUCUACGAGCUUUUAGCAGUCUGAUCCAAGCUGGAGCUAAUCGCUUCACUGCGGAUAGGGAUAAACUUGGAGUUUUGCACUGUGCUUCAAGUCAUGGUCAUCUACCUAUAGUUCAAGCAAUGCUAGAUCUUGGCCAUCAUUGGGUGGUUAAUGCUAGGGAUAGAAACGGCGAUACACCUCUUUUCUUUGCUGCAGCUUAUGGUCACCUUGAAUGUGUUAAAUUGCUGUUGGAAAGGGGCGCGGAUCCAAACCAUCAAGAUAGACGUAUUAGAACUGCGGCACACUGUGCAGCAGCUAAGGCACAACUUAGAGUACUUAAACUUUUGAGACAAAGAGGUGCUAGUUUGGAUUUGCAAAAUUAUAGAGGGGAUUUGCCUUUUCAUGAAGCUGUUCAAGUUGGAAGUAAAGAAUGUGUUGAUUGGAUGUUAAGUAUUGAACCUCGUUUUGUUAGCUCCUCAAAUUUCUUUGGGAGAACAGCAUUACAUUUAGCUGCAGCCAGUGGAAAUAUGGAAAUGGUUGUUCUUCUGUGUUCGAGAGAUGCUCCUCCAAAUUCUCUUAUGAUUUAUAAGGGAGAACUACUAACACCUUUGGACGUUGCUAAACGUCGAGGACACGAUCUUAUAGUAGACUACUUAACUGUAAGGUACGAGGCUUGCUUAGCCUCUGAACUUUCCACAAGAGAGCUAAAUUCUUCUAGACAAAGUAUUGAAGAGCAAAUAAAAGCGGCCCGUCUUCGCAAAGUUAGGGCAGAAUUAACAAAUAGUGAUGAAUUGGGUAGUUAUGAGAAGCAACCUCCCCCUAUAAGACGUGGAAUUUCAUUGCUAACUAUGGUAGAUGCUAGUACAAUGGUUUCUUAUAUUAAACUUGUUUUGAAGCGCCGCUCAUCCUCUGCUUCCGCUAUCUUUGGCAAACUUCCAAAAUCAACUAGCACCACUGACCUUAACAACCACAGCAUUGAACAAUUUUAUCAACAACAAAAAGCUUUGAUAGAUUUAGCUAUGGCUACAACAAAUAAAUUACCAGGUGAAGCAAAGAAGGAAAAUGAAAAAGAAAUGGAUAAAGAAGUAGAUAACCUAGAUGCUUCUAACAAUACUUUGUUGGUUCAUGACUUUUCUAAUGCUUCAUCUAUUUCUGCUUUACAACAGCCUUUAGAAGAGGAGUUGCUACGCCAAAAUAACUCGUUUAAUUUUUGUAACUUAAGUUUAUUUCUAUUCCAAGUUUAUUUUUUUUCAAGUUUAUAUUUUUUCACGAUUAUUUUUUUCAAGUUUAUUUUCUAUAUUUCAAGCUUAUUUUAUAUUCCAAGUUUUAAGUUUACGCUUAAUUCUAGCUUUAAUUUUUACAAUCUCAAGUUUAAUCUUUAUAUUUUAAGAUUUCCCUCAGCUUCUUCCAAAAAAGUUCGUUUGGCAGUAAAUAGUGAUUUAUUACUACCUGACGAUAGUUAUGAAGAUAAACCUAAAAGAAUUCGUCGUAAAUGGACACCUUUACCUCCAUCAGAUUACAGGCAUCAAUCAUUAGAUGAAGCUGUUACAGAGUUGCAUAUUCUUGAGGAUGGGCUUUCACCGCCUCCGGGACGUCUAGCUACGUUUGGAGACCUAGCCAACUCCACUACUCGCUAUGUCCACGAACGCGCUAUUUUCGACGAAUUAACGCACUUAAAAAGAAUGCAGAUACAAUACGGAAAGGUUCGAGAAGAGGUCUUAGUACGUUCCCUAGUCCAAAACUUUUGUCGAAUGCAUGCAAUUCACCCCGCCCAUUUUCGGCGUAUUUCAACUUUACAACAAUGGGAGAAAUUUUUAUACGGUGAGGAAAUUGAUAAUUAAGUAAAAAAUAAAUUUUUCUUCUGUGGAGAUUGC